CCGCUGACAACGCCAGUAACGCAAUGAUCUCUGGCGGCGGCGGCGGCGGUGCCAUCGCGAUGACGAAGGUCAAGAAGAAGGCCAGCGGAGCGAGGCUGUGGAUGCGGUUUGAUCGAUCGGGGGGGUCGGAGCUGGUUGAGCUUGAUAAGAACGCCAUCAUCCGCCACGCCGCAAUUCCUACCCGGGACCUCAGGAUCUUGGGCCCUGUCUUCUCCCAAUCCUCCAAUAUUCUUGCUAGAGAGAAAGCUAUGGUGGUUAAUUUGGAGUUUAUAAAGGCUAUAGUCACAGCUGAAGACGUGCUAUUGCUUGAUCCUCUACGCCAGGAAGUUCUUCCGUUCGUUGAACAACUCAGGCAACAAAUUCCACAUAAAACUCAACCUCAACUUCGUGGGCCUGCUGGUGAACAAGAAAGUGAAAUGCAGGUUCCGACCGGCAGACAGUGGUUGCCUGUGCCAGAGUCUGCUGAAGGGUUGCAAUCUGAGCUUCCAUUUGAGUUUCAGGUUUUGGAGAUUGCUUUAGAAGUUGUGUGUACCUCUCUGGACUCAAGUGUGGCAGACCUUGAGAGAGGUGCUUACCCUGUAUUAGAUGAUUUGGCUAGAAAUGUUAGUACCAAGAAUCUUGAACAUGUGCGAAGUUUGAAGAGCAAUCUUACGCGUUUGCUGGCACGGGUGCAGAAGGUACGGGAUGAAAUUGAACAUCUGUUAGAUGACAACGAAGACAUGGCGCAACUAUAUUUGACAAGGAAGUGGUUGCAGAAUCAGCAACUUGAUGCUCAUGUGGGGGCCACAACCUUGAACAACCUUUCUAGUACUCGUCGACUUGGUUCUACCAGAAGUGGAAGUCUGGUAACUAGUAACUUGGGGGAUGAUAAUGACGUGGAGGAUCUGGAAAUGUUGCUUGAAGCAUAUUUUAUGCAGUUGGAUGGAACUCGUAACAAGAUAUUGUCUGUUAGGGAGUAUAUUGAUGAUACAGAAGACUAUGUCAACAUCCAACUUGAUAAUCACAGAAACGAACUUAUUCAGCUGCAGUUGACAUUGACAAUUGCAUCAUUUGCGAUUGUUAUUGAGACUGGGAUUGCCGGUUCAUUUGGUAUGAACAUUCCUUGUUCACUAUAUCACGUAAAUGGAAUAUUUUGGCCCUUUGUUUUGAGCACUUGUGCUGGUUGCUUCUUCAUUUUCCUGCUUAUACUGGCAUAUGCAAGAUGGAAAAAGUUGCUAGGAACAUAAGUGUAAAUUGAUAUUGACCGUUGGUUUGUCAUUACAAUUGACUAUACUAAUCUCAGCAAUCAGUGAUUAUAGAUGCGAACAUAGCCUGGAUUACCUGUACUGUGGAAUUUAUAAUUAUCUCAAUUUGUCACAA